GCAGAGCGCGGAGCGCAGCGCCGUCUGUCACAGAGAGGAGCUUCAACACCUUUACGGGAUUUGAAAGACAACAAGAGUGGAUAAACUGAACUGAACAAGGAGUCCACGCAAGUGAGGUGAGGACAAGGACGAGAUCUGCAUCUGCCCCAUCUGUCUAUCAACAAACCAAGUGCCUCGGUGCCGGCCACCCUCAGGUCACCUCAACCACAACGGGCGCCAAACAAUAAAAGUCCUGACCCGGCGUCCCUCAGACAGCCUGGGCAAAGCAAAUAUUUGAGGCCAUUAUAUCUAAUUUCUCCGGGCAGCCAUCGCUGAAAAGAUCAACAGUGAAGGGUGUUGUUGGGAGACAGAAAGAGAGAAGAAAAAAGUGGGGGAAGGAAAAAGUAACCCUUUCAAAGUGCACCCUGCCUGCUAUUUCUGCUGCGCUGUGGGCAGGGAGCGUCUCAUUUGGGAGUGCUCUUGGCUGACAAAAAAAGGACUUCCCUGUGCCCUGCCUGCCUAUCCAAAUGCCUGUGUAAAUACUGGAUAGAGAUAUCAAUUUGUCUGGGCUCUGACAUUACCCAACAAAGAGGCUGUAAGCUAUCUAUAGAAAACGUUACGACAAACUUGGACUCUGUGGUCUCCUGAAUUGCUACCUAUCUAUUACCCCUCAAGGAAGAUUCAAGAGCUGUGUGAACAGGAAUGAGAACUGCCGCAGUUUUCUACACUUAGAAACUUUUGCAAACUCAGAAGAAAAUUUCACAACAGCUGCUCUCUGCGGGACACCGGAAGCAGUCGGUCAACUAGAGGCUGCAUUUUUGAUGUCUCUCCCAGCUUACUGAAUCAGCAUGAAGCCCCUAACGCCAGCUGGAUCCCCCUCUCCUCUGAGGCUCCUCAACAAGGGUCCAGACUACCUGCGCAGGCAGAUAGAUGGUGGAGGCCACGGCCGCGCAAUCAGCGCUGUGGAGAGGCUUGAGGCCGACAAAGCAAAAUAUGUGAAGACCCAGCAGGUGAUCAACACCAAACAGGAGCCUGUGCUGGUGCCCUGUGCCACCCCACCACCACAGCCCCGGAGAGCGAUUGCCAUCCCCGGCAGCCUGACGCCUCAUCUACCCCCACGCCGUUCUUCCAACACCCCUUUCUCUACACUCUCCUUCACGUCAAGAGACGAGAAUGAAAACGACGACUCCAGGAAGGAGAAUAGACGGACUUCUGUUGACGUUGAGGCGCAUAACAGGAGCAAUGUGAACAAAGCACUGCCUCCCAACCCCAGGACUCCUGGCAUUAACACCUUGGUAGCGCCACAUAGUGCACCUGUACUCAGAAGAAGCACAGGCAAACGCAUGCUGAGGCCGGACUCCCUCGUCAUUUACAGGCAGAAGAAAGAGUGCAAGAGUCUGAGUGGUGCAGCAGUGGGAGAGAACAAUAACUCAGAGGUGAAGGGGUAUAGCUUUGUCCGCCGGCUCUUCCAGGGCUCCAUGAGGGAGAAGAGUAGCGGAAGUGAAGGCAGAAUCCAGAAGAUGGUCAUUGGUGAAGAGAAAGCACCAUCAAGGGAUGGAGACUCCCGAAUGUCUUGGACCAAUGACAAAGACACUAUGGACGGAGGACUGGGGAGCAGACGGUCUAGUAAAACUGACCAAGAACGCAGCCCAGGGUCGAUCCCGAGCCCGGGGUUUAGCUGUGUGCUUGAACGGACUGAAAACGGAUUUACAAAUGGUACCAGUAAUGGUAUCACCAAUGGCAACCACACAAGUAACCAUGAUGACGAGAACGACCCGUGGAAGCGGGCGUCACCCCCACCAGCACCCAGAAGGCACCUUGGGGAGUUGCGGCGCUCCCAGUCAGACCUGCGUCUGCGCUGCUCGGUGGCGUUAUCAGAGCAGGAGCAUUUCUUUGACUUCUGCGGGCUGGACGUGGACAUGAUAGAGCGUCUGGGUCGAGAGAAUUUUCUCUCUGGCGCCAGCUCCAUAGACACACUCUCAUUGGCCCUCCGUAGUGUAGGUGGGGAUGGCUGCGGCGGCUCAGAGCCCAGUGAGUUUUCCCAGCACUCAGGAGAUGGGCUGUUUCAGGAGGAGCUGGCUGAGCAGGUUCCCACUGGUGUGUCAAUCAUUGAGAGGAACGCUCGAGUCAUCAAGUGGCUUUACGGGUGUAAGAACGCUGCUCGAGAGGGACCCAAAGAAUCUACUGUUUAAUAUAGGGACAGGGAACCAUGUGACGUGGAGUGUGAGAGUCUGAAGGUGUCCUUAUGUGUUCUUUAUAAGUGAAAUCACCUGGUGCAGACCUUUGCCCAUUGUGCAGAAAUUUGCUGUUGAGUUUGCACUGCAAACCAAAAGUCAUAGCAUUGAGUCACGACUAAAUUUCACUUGAUUUCAAAAAAGCCACAUUCAGGCUGGGCUGUGAUUAGCGAGCAGCGAUGCAUCACAGAAGGAAAAAAUAGGACUUGUUUCUAUUUGUGAGCCUCGAGCAGCGAUGCAAGUCAAAGCUCCUAGCAAAAUGUGACUUCUCUUUAAAUUUAGAAUGAGUCUCUGACAGUCAGCUCAGGAUUUGUUUGUCGAAUUAGCACUCCGUGGCACAUGAUUACCUUCAGUCCCUCGCUCUCUGCUACUCCAAAGAGACUGUUUCUUCAAAUGAGAGGACAAGCUCCGAGUCAUCUCUGGUCAAACUGAUAUAUUGUAUUUAUAGAGCCUAUGGACAUAUUGUGUGGAUGUGGACAGACCUUACUGGUGAAUGGAACCAUUAUUCCCAGCAAAAUGUUAUGUGUGUGUAUGUGGCUGUGUGUGGAGUAGACACUGCCGUCCUCUCCAUUUGUAGCUUCAGUUAUUGACCGAACUGAUCCGAAAUCAGCCCCUGUGACACCUCACGAGGCACAUAAGUGUGUGUUUGUCACGACACAGUGGAAACAGUCUAGUGUCCUUGACGCCGACACUCUCCCUUAACGACUAAAUUAAAAUGGAAAACCACUAAGCUAUGUUUUUUUCUGAACUGGAAAACUGUUGUGUGAGUGUGAAGUGAACCAUGAGUACCUCAUUCGGAUCUGUCCCAGUUUAGUUUGUGU